AUGCCUGCCACCUCUCUGAUCACUGAAAAUCCACAGCCGCGCGCGGCCUGGCUCCCGUUCAGAUCAAACCACAGCAAUCUGGCACUGCGGGGCACCACUCUUGUGCAAGGAGAAGUCACAGAUCCGCAGCACAGUCGCGAGCCAACAGCUGGAACGCGACUAGAGUUGAGGUGCAACAGUUGUGAAUGGGAGGUGGGGGCAACAGAUGUGGGCUACGCUGCUGGGCUAGAAAAACCGGAGAGACAAACAAGCACGAAGGGAACCCACAUGCUCAUGCACAUGGGAAAAGGGGCGCUCAAGAGCAAGGGCGUAGUGAAGCCUCCUCGUCCUCGCCCUCGCCCUCGUCGGCUUCAGCGUCGCGAGAAACAACGCGGCAGAUGUGUGAAUUUUUUGAGUGAGGCUGAUAGCUCAGGCAGCUUCGAAGGAAACAUGAAACAAUUUUUGUUACAAUCUCCACACACGGAGGGGGGUGACGAAGGAUCAACGUCGCAACGGCACUCUGCGUCAAUUGUCGAUGAAGAUCGACAUGAUCACGAGAACGGAUUCGGCACUGUUGCGAUUGCCUUGCCUUUUUUUCAAAGCCCGGUCUGGAGCCCAUGCUCUAGUGACGAAGGGUUAGCCGCUACCGUCCAACCCCGCGCUCUCAAAUUCAUUUAGGAUUCAUCUAUAAUUGCGCUUAUUUUGGGACGCCAUCGCCUGAUCGGUCGGUAUCGGGAACCUGAAUCAGCGGCAGCGUGACUGCGAGAAUUUUGCGGGGAGCCCAUCUGGUACCACCGUACGAGGCUGCGACCCCGAAUCUUCGAGGCUGUUUGCGCGGAGUGAAGACAAUAGAAAUGGCACCUCCCUUGUCUUCGGGAGAGCUGCUGCCUCCUUUUCUUGCUGCAACUUUGAAAUCAGUCGGACGGAGUUUUUCCUUCGCUGGAGAGUGGCUGUCGCCGUGUUACAUUGGGCGACCGGUGGUUGAGAGAGCCGCGUCGUUUUGUUUUAGUUUUUGUGUCUCGUGUUUUUUGUUUUGUGAAUAUUUGAAAUUCAUCUCGGUUGUUUGUCCCAGUGGCCUCCGAUUGUUACCGAGGUGUCAUUCCUGUUGUUUUCCGGAGGCGAUGUGUGGUUGUAGGAAGUAGGGACAAAUCAUGUUUCGAAGUGCGUGCCACUUGCUUCAGUAACUGUCACCUUCACUUUUCCCCUUUGUAGGAGCUCUGCGUACUCUCCCAAGAGCUUUCAAAGUGUGAUGACCCGAUCCCUUCUCGGUUGCAUUUUUAAUUGGAAAGGAUGAUUUCGGUUUGAUGGGAUAACGAUUACUUAUAGUAUUUAAGGUAAAUGUAUGAGGAUUUUCCCUCCACCUUCUACAUUGUCUUUAAAUGAUGCUGUUUUAUAUCUUUCUGUAAAUAGGGGAGUGAUUCUUUGAGUGCUUUUAACACAUGCUCAAUGGUAAAUUCAGUUUUAAUA